CCAAGACGAUCUCGCAUCUCCGAUCGGUCGCUCGCUCGCUCGCUCAGUAGUCGCGCGUCAGUCAAGCUCGGCACACACACACAGCAAAAUAUUCUCUCAGUUCACGCAAUCAUGUCGCUGAAACUAGUCCUCCUGUGUCUCGCUGCCCUGGCCGCCCUGGCCCAAUCGCAGUCGCACGACCUGGUGAUCGGCGAGCGCCAGUACAACGACAUCCUCGUCUACUCGGAGAACAUCGCCCUGCAGGCCAGCGUCGUGGGCCAGAAGAUCGUGCACGAGCAGACCUUCAACGCCAUCAACAAUCACGUCAUCACCCAGGUGGUGGCCAAGGACUCGGCCGACGAUGGAACCGGCGCCACCGUGACCGUGACGGGGGGCGGACCCGGCCAAGACCACAUCACCUUGAGAUUCAAGAGCCAGAGGUUCCGCGGCGUCUACUUCACCGUCCAGGUCUUCGCCAAGCCCAAGGUUUAAAGCCUUGAUAAUAAAUUAUUAUAUCACGAAACCAGCCCAGAACUUGUGUAACUACUCGACGUCGUCGUUGUUGGAGCUGUGUUUUCUUCCACGCGUGUGACUUUAUAUACAUACUUGUUAUGAUGAGAUAUUGUAACGACCGGCAAAGACCUCGGUUCCUUUUUUAUUUUAUUUUUUAAAUUUAUAUACAUUUAUUAUCCAUGCACAAUCGAACGCCGAUCGAGUUUCGUCGUUUUUCAACUCUGUACGAUAUACUUUAUACACAUGUAUUGUAUUUACAAGCAGAAUAUUUACAAAUAAAUUAUUUUUUAGCAAAAAAAGAAAA